GAGCAGAAAUGAGACUGAAGCGGCUCCACAUUCGCUACUACCCUCCAGGUAUAAUUCUGGACUAUGAGAAAGGAGGACAGGAGAGAAGCAGAUGCAUCGACCUGCUGCAUUUAAAGCCAGACACUGAUGUGAAUGAGUUGUUAUCAGAAAUCAGAAGAAUUGAGCCAUUAAUCACUGACUCACGUACCGAUCAGGUGAAAGUGCUGAUUCAACGAUUACAGGACAAACUCAGACAACCAGAUGAGCGCAACUUUUACCUGUUCAAGGUACUUCAGGCUCACAUCCUGCCUCUUACUAAUGUCGACUUCAAUAAAUCAGGGUCAAGUUUCAUAACCGGGAGCUAUGACAGAACAUGUAAAAUAUGGGACACCGUGUCUGGAGAGGAAUUGCACACACUGGAGGGGCACAGAAAUGUUGUUUAUGCCAUCGCAUUCAAUAAUCCCUAUGGUGAUAAAAUAGCUACAGGCUCCUUUGAUAAGACCUGCAAAUUAUGGAGUGCCGAAACUGGAAAGUGUUUCUACACGUUUAGAGGACACACAGCAGAAAUUGUCUGUGUAACCUUCAACCCACAGAGUACCCUUGUUGCCACAGGCAGUAUGGACACUACAGCCAAAUUGUGGGAUGUGGAGAGUGGUAAAGAGGUUUCCACCCUAGCGGGUCACUCUGCUGAGAUAAUCGCUCUUUCCUUCAACACGGUUGGGAAUCGUUUAGUCACUGGGUCAUUCGAUCACACACUCACACUGUGGGAUGUACCGUCAGGGAGGCGAAUACACACUCUGAUAGGGCACAGGGGAGAAAUCAGUAGUGUGCAUUUCAACUGGGACUGUUCCCUCAUUGUCUCUGCCUCUAUGGACAAAACCUGCAAGGUGUGGGAAGCUGAGAAUGGCCAAUGUUUGGCGACUUUAAUUGGUCAUGAUGAUGAGUUGCUGGAUGUUUGCUUUAAUUAUACUGGUCAGCUCAUCGCAACAGCUUCUGCAGAUGGUACUUCCAGGGUGUUUAAUGCAGAAACCUACCAGUGUGUAUGUAAACUUGAAGGUCAUGAAGGAGAGAUAUCUAAGGUGUGUUUUAACCCACAGGGAACACGUGUAUUAACAGCGAGUGCGGAUAGGACAGCACGUGUUUGGUGUGUGAACUCUGGCUCGUGUCUGCAGGUGUUGGAGGGACACACUGAUGAGAUCUUCUCUUGUGCCUUCAACUAUGAAGGAGACACCAUCAUUACAGGCAGUAAGGAUAAUACCUGUCGGAUCUGGCGUUGAGACUCGCACACGAAGAGGGCAACCUUCAGUAUUAAAAAACACACACGAACACAUUGUUGAUCUUUUCAGACUUCUAACUUGCAAUAGAAAGAUUGACUUAAUGCUGAGCGUCUGUUCACAUGUAGACACGUAUACACACACACACACACACAGAUACUAGGUGUGUAAGAAAUCCUCCUAUGAAAUCUAUUUGCAUCUCCUGUUCACAUA